AUGAUGAGUGAUGGAGACAAUGGGCUGCGAGACCUCGGCGUUAAUAUACUUGACCAAAGUCUCCUCGAACAAAAGAUUGAAACCAAUGCUGAGUCACUCAUCACACAGCAAUUAGUUGAUCAGGAACAUAAUCGAUUAGAAAGAGUGGAGAAUGCCUUGGAGAAGUGUAGAAGUAAGAGAAAUCAUGUUAGGAGAAAACUAGAUAAUGCAUCUAGAAUAUCUGUGAAGCAAAGACUGCGGCAACAAAUUGAAGAAAUAGAGGAAUUGGAACUGCCCCCGUUGCUUAAAGAUAUCAGGGAUAUUAAAGAAAGGCUGAAAAAUCUGAAAACGGCGAAGAACCCAAAUCAAAAAGGCGGCGAUAAUCAAGGAAAAAGGCCUGAUGAGUCUCAGAAGGAGUUUUUGAUAAGAACAGGUCACAUUACAGCUUUUGGUUCAAAAACUGAAUUUGUUCUAGAGAAGCCAAAUGGCAUUACAGAAAAUGAAGCUUUGGAGGCCAAGGAAGAAGCGGAUCAGAACAUGGAGAUGGCUAACGAACAAAUGAUAGAAAACAUGAGUGGCGAAUCAACGAAUGACGAUUAUGAUUAUGAUGAUGAUGACUAUGCUAGUGAUGACCAGAAUGAUCAUGACGCAAAUGACAAUAUCGGCAACGUUUCAGCGAAUGAAGCGCCAUGUAUAUUAAAGCCAGGUGUGGUGAAGGAUGAUGGUGAUGAGGCUUCGUAUCAAAAAAGGCUCCGAAAAUGGGUAGAUCAACGUUCUCAGGUUGGUAAAGGUAUUUCUCAGGAAUGUCUGCCUGAAUGGCGGAAAGCUCAUCCAGAUAUUCCGGAUGCAAAAUUGAACGAUGAUUUCAAAAUACCCGGUGAGAUAUUCUCCUUGUUGUUUGAUUAUCAAAAGACCUGCGUGCAGUGGUUAUAUGAAUUGUAUCAACAAAAGAGCGGGGGAAUCAUCGGAGAUGAGAUGGGCCUGGGUAAAACAAUUCAAAUUAUAGCAUUUUUAGCUGGACUUCAUCAUUCUGGUCUUUUAAAUGGUCCCGUAAUAAUCGUAUGUCCAGCAACUGUUAUGAAACAGUGGUGCAACGAAUUCCAUCACUGGUGGCCACCGCUUCGCGUUGUAAUUUUGCAUGCCAUCGGUUCCGGUUUUGCAAAUAAGAAAACUAUCAAUGAGGAUGAACUGGAAGGGUUAAUUAUGUCAUCAGAUCCUACAAAGUUUUCGUACGAUGAUUUUGCAAAUUCAGCAAAGACUAAAUCGCAAAUGGAAAGUAAUGAUAAAAUACUUUCUCUAAUAGAUAUGGUCAUACAAAAAGGACAUGUAAUAGUAACUACCUAUGUUGGUCUGCGUAUUCACAGUGACAAGCUUUUGGCUAUCAAUUGGGCUUACGCAGUCCUAGACGAAGGACAUAAGAUCAGGAAUCCGGACGCUGAUAUUUCUUUGACGUGUAAAAAAUUGAAAACGCACAAUAGAAUCAUUCUUUCAGGCACGCCCAUUCAAAAUAAUCUCAAUGAGUUGUGGUCCUUAUUUGAUUUCAUCUUUCCGGGGAAACUCGGGACGCUACCUGUAUUUCAACAGCAGUUCGUGCAGCCCAUUAAUAUGGGAGGCUAUGCAAAUGCUACAAAUGUUCAGGUACAAGCGGGAUACAAAUGUGCAGUUGCGCUAAGGGAUUUGAUCUCCCCUUAUUUACUAAGACGAGUUAAAGCUGACGUUGCCAAGGAUCUUCCAGAGAAAAAGGAAAUGGUAUUGUUUUGCAAACUCACUCAAUUUCAAAGAGGAAAGUAUUUAGAAUUUUUGCACUCAAAGGAACUGGAACAGAUCAAAGGGGGAAAGCGUCAAGUAUUGUAUGGCAUUGAUAUUCUUAGGAAAAUUUGUAAUCACCCCGACUUACUGGAUAGAGAAGCAAAACAGCAUGAAAAAUCGUAUGGAGAUCCAAAACGCUCAGGAAAAAUGCAAGUUGUUAAACAAUUACUUCUUCUGUGGCGCAAAGAGCACCACAAAACGCUUUUAUUUACACAAUCAAGACAAAUGCUUGAUAUUUUGGAACAAUUUAUAUCGUUCAAGGAUGAGGAUCUGAAUGGAAUAAAGUAUCUCAGAAUGGAUGGUACUACCGGCAUAUCGAUUAGACAAUCAUUAGUAGAUGAAUUCAACAAUGGAGAUUAUGAUGUUUUUUUGCUGACAACAAGAGUUGGUGGAUUAGGUGUGAAUUUAACUGGUGCCAAUAGGAUUAUUAUAUUCGAUCCUGAUUGGAACCCAUCAACAGAUAUGCAAGCUCGUGAAAGAGCGUGGAGAAUCGGCCAAAAAAGGGAAGUGUCCAUUUACAGGUUAAUGGUUACUGGUUCAAUUGAAGAAAAAAUCUACCAUCGUCAAAUAUUCAAGCAGUUCCUGACAAACAAGAUAUUGAGUGAUCCUAAACAGAAGAGAUUUUUCAAAAUGAAUGAACUGCACGAUCUUUUUACCUUGGGCGGAGAUGGUGGACACACCACGGAAGAACUCGAUGAGGAGGUUCAAAAGCAUACGGAUUCUCUUUUAAACUCACGUACCCAGGAGAGUGACGACUUCGGUCAAGUUUUAAACAUGGCUGGCGUUUUCAAACUAGAGAGCUUCUAUUCCGGGAAAGAGAAAAAGGAGAAAGGCAAAAAUGAAGAUGACAGGCUCAUUGAAGGUCUUUUGGGAGAGAAAAACUUAGAAAGUGUAGUGGCCCACGACAGUAUGGUGAGGUCACAUUCAAAAGCCUCGCCAGCAACAAUCGAGAAGGAGGCUGAGAGAGUAGCUCAAGAAGCCUUGACAGCUUUAAAAAAAUCACGAAAAACUACUCGGAAAUUUGAUAUAGGCACACCCACAUGGACAGGAAAAUUUGGACAGGCUGGGAAGGUGAGAAAGAAGAUAAAAAAAGAUUUAAACGGAAAUUCGGUAGGAUCCUCCGCGAUUUUAGCUAAUAUUCGAGCUGUAAAGCAUGAAGCGCAAAGUGUUCAAAAUCAAGAUUUUGGUACCACAAAUGCUGCCAAGAACCGGUCUCUUUUGCAGCAAAUAGUGAAAUAUCUGAGCAAGCAAGAAAACUAUUUCGCAUCAUCAGUGGACAUUGUCAAGAGUGUAGGUGCUCAUUUAAACGAUAAAUCUGAUAUAAUUAAGAUCCGUGCCCUCCUUAGAACUAUUGCAGCAUUUGAUAAAGAUAAAAGAGGAUGGAUUUUGCAAGAUGAGUUUAAAGAUCUAGAUAUUGAAUGA